UGAGCGUGCACCACGCAUUUUCAAAUUCUCCCUCCAAAAUUUGAAUCGUGUCGAGUCACGUUCCAAAACCCCGAUUCUCAACUCGUUUCUUUUUUUUUUCAAUUUAUUUUUUUUAAUCGUGCGUUGAACCUGGCUGUAGAGUGCGGCGUCCUCUUGUUCUUAUGUGGCUAAGGCAUGUUGUUGUACGCUGCCAAACAGUGAAAGUGGCGUGACGUAAGCGUUGCAUUAGAACAGAUAUUAUGGCGGAUAUUUGUGGCUCUGGGAAGCGGUGUCUUACUGUUAUCGGUAUAUUCCUGCUUUCCGAAAUACGAUGCCAGUAUCCUGUUCACCAUCCGGUUUCUUUCACGCAGAGAACGGCUGACUGGAACCCGCAUAUACAGCAGAGAAAUCCACAAUGGCAUCAAUUCUCUUUACCGAGAAAGAGAUCUUCAGAGUCCAUGCCGUUGACGUACUAUCAAGGAGCACCGAGCAACCAACACUUUUCAUACAGUCAGAACCCAUUUCAACCCCAAGUUGGGCCCCAUAAUUAUCAAUCACAUAUCAGUAACAAUGAAGGUAGAUCACCUUUCAAUUUUAUUCAUGCUGAGUCUAAUAUAAACCCAAAUGAUGGAAGACUUCUGUCAGAAACAGCAUUCACGAGAAUCUCUGAAACACUUGGUGCCAUAAAUACAGUUGGACAUUAUCUUGUUGACAUGGUCAAUGAAAAUGAUAGAAACGAAUCUGACCCGAACCUUCAACAACUGCCACAAGCCCUAUAUACAAUCAGUAAAAACGUCUUAGGUAGAAACGUUACUGAUAAGAUAGCUCCAAUAGUAAAGAAAGCUUUACCAAAAGUUCUACCUGACGCGCCAAUAACUAAGAUAGCAACUGCAGAUGUGCGCAGAGACGAUGCAAGAUAUUGCACUACACCUGAAAAUGAAGAGGGUAUUUGUGAAGAUUUAAGUAAUUGCCCACAAUUGCUGCUCAACUUGGUAAAUUUGAGGGAGUCGCUUUGUUUCAAAGAUCUAUUCGUGCCAGGAGUAUGUUGUCCUAAAGAUGCCAUUGUCUCGUCUACUCCUGCUGUUGAGAAGCCAUUGGUACUGACAACGAGCAAGCCUACAUACCUUGUUCCGGUAACAACGCAAAGACCUCAACAGAAGCCAACGAAGAAACCUUCUGCAAUAUUAACACUUACCACAAAAAAGCCUAAGCCUGUGUCAAUAGCUACUUCUCCUAGACCUACGACCAGACCUUCUACAACGACGACAAUUACAACCACGCCUAGACCAACGACGUCCACUAUCUUCACUGUUCCACCUCCCAUCAUUGGAAAUUACUCCAACAUAGUUGAUAUGAAUGAUUGUGGACAAAGAGAGGACGAAGGCGGUCGCAUCGUUGGCGGUACGGAGUCGAAACCUGGGGCGUGGCCGUGGAUGGCGGCGAUAUAUCUCCACGGCAGCAAAAGGAGGGAGUUCUGGUGCGGGGGCACCCUGGUUGGGAAGCGGCACAUCCUCACAGCUGCCCAUUGCACCAGAGAUUCAAAGCAGAGACCGUUCCCCCCGCGGCAGUUCAGCGUGCGCCUCGGAGACGUGGACCUGGCAAGGGAUGAUGAGCCCUCGAGACCGGUGACCCUGAGAGUCACGGAAGUGCGCGCUCACGACCAAUUCUCCAGGGUUGGCUACUACAAUGAUAUAGCUGUGCUGGUUCUAGCUGAGAACGUCCAAAAAUCGAAAUAUGUGAUACCUAUCUGCCUGCCAACUGGUGACCUCGCUCGGCAGCAGUUCGAUGGGUCACUAGCUACCGUCGUGGGCUGGGGCACCACCAGAUACGGCGGCGGGGAGAGCACCAAGCAACUGGAAGCCAAGUUGCCGGUGUGGAGGAACGAGGACUGCGACCGAGCGUACUUCCAGCCGAUCACUGACACGUUUCUAUGUGCUGGGUACGCUAGGGGUGGAGUUGAUGCUUGUCAGGGUGAUUCCGGCGGACCGCUGAUGCUUUUAGCGAAUGGCCGAUGGACGCAAAUAGGCGUGGUUUCCUUCGGGAACAAGUGCGGCGAGCCGGGAUAUCCGGGCGUAUACACCCGGGUCACACAUUACAAUAAUUGGGUACACCAAAACAUUUUGUAGAGAACGUUUCUUUGCUACGAAUAUUAUACAAAAGUUUUCUCUGUACUGUGGUUGACCUGUGGUUGACCGGUAGAAAAUAACUUAAGGUGUUAAGUGCGCCAUAUGCACUUUGUUGUAUAUAUGGAGUAAAGUUAAAUAAAUAAAUAAU